CCACCUGGGCUCGCUUUUCCCCGGACCAUUCCGUCGGAAACGCACUCUAUAACUGCCGUUCGAGACUCUGUACCUGUCCACGAACUUUCUUCAGUGGACCAAAUCUCUUCUUCAAAUUCAAUCAUUUAACAAUUCCCUCUCCUUCAUCAUCCUCUGUUUGGCAUUUAGACCGAGCGCAAGUAACUAGUUCAAAGUCAUGAACAUCAAGGGAAAUAAAUUUGUGAGUUUUGAAGACUGGAAAUCAGAGAAAUCCUAUAGUUCAGAGCGGCAAUACUCCAUUGAUGAUGGAUUUUAUGGAAGAAAAGUGAAACCAACUGCAAACGUGGUUUGGGAUGGUAUCCAUCGUUUCUGGGAGAGAAGUUCUGACAAGUUCAGAAGCCUAAGAAUACCAUCAAGCUUCCACUCUGGUGGUGCUCAUCCAGCGAAAGAAUUAGGCACAGGAAAGAAAAUUCUUGAUCCACAUGGUUCAUUUCUCCAGAAGUGGAACAAAAUAUUUGUGCUUGCCUGCGUCGUUGCUGUGUACGUAGAUCCCUUGUUCUUUUACAUCCCGGUGAUUGAUGGCAACAACAAAUGCCUUGAUUUGGACAAAGCAUUGGAAACUACUGCUUGUGUUCUUCGAACCUUCAUUGAUGCGUUUUAUAUACUUCGUAUUAUUUUUCAAUUCCGAACGGGGUUUAUUGCCCCUUCUUCUCGUGUAUUUGGAAGAGGAGAGCUGGUUGAGGAUCCUGUCAUUGUCGCUAAAAGAUACAUGACUUCCAACUUUAUCAUUGAUGCUCUAUCAAUUCUUCCACUCCCUCAGGUGGUAGUUUUAAUCAUCAUUCCCAGCUUGCAAGGUCCCGUUUCAUUAAUUGCUAAGGACGCAUUGAAGUUUGUUAUUUUAUCCCAAUAUGUGCCUAGAUUAAUCAGAAUCUACCCGCUGUUCAAAGAAGUAACUUGUAAUUCUGGAAUACUUACCGAAACGGCAUGGGCUGGAGCUGCUUAUAAUCUCUUCCUCUAUAUGCUAGCCAGUCAUAUAAUUGGAGCCUACUGGUACUUGUUCUCAAUAGAGCGCGAGCAUAGGUGCUGGCGUAUGGUCUGUAAGGCUCCUCGAUGUAAUACCACAGACUUGUACUGUGGAGAACGCCGUUAUGCAAACUUGAGCGCAUUUCUGAAAGAUUCAUGCCCUUCUAUCCAGCCUGAUGAAAUUAAAAAUUCAACUGCCUUCAACUUUGGAAUAUUCACUGAUGCUCUAGAAUCUGGUAUAGUGGAAUCAUGGGAUUUUCCAAGGAAACUCUUCUACUGCUUUUGGUGGGGUCUACGUAAUCUUAGCGCUCUGGGCCAGAACCUCCAGACAAGCACUUAUGUCGGGGAGAUUAUAUUUGCUGUCUUCAUAUGCAUUUCUGGCCUGGUUUUAUUUUCGCUGCUUAUCGGCAAUAUGCAGAAAUAUCUGCAAUCGACGACUGUUAGAAUAGAGGAAAUGAGAGUGAAAAGGCGAGAUGCAGAGCGGUGGAUGGCCCAUCGUAUGCUCCCUGAGGACCUGAGGGAGCGGAUUAGGAGAUAUGAACAAUACAAAUGGCAGGAAACGAGAGGUGUGGAGGAGAGGACUCUAAUCCGUACUCUUCCAAAAGAUCUCAGAAGGGAUAUAAAUCGCCAUCUUUGCUUUAAUCUAAUCAUGAGAGUGCCAAUGUUUGCAAAAAUGGAUGGGCAAAUAUUGGAUGCAAUAUGCGAUCGUCUCAAGCCAGCCCUUUACACAAAGGAUAGUUUCAUUGUUCGCGAGGGGGAUCCUGUUGAUGAGAUGCUUUUCAUCAUGCGAGGUGAUCUAGUGAGUGUGACCACAAAUGGUGGAAGAACUGGCUUUUUCAAUGCUGUUUAUCUCAAGGGUGGUGACUUCUGUGGCGAAUCUCUUCUUACAUGGGCCUUGGAUCCCCAUCCAUCUUCACAUUUCCCUAUCUCAACUAGAACUGUACAAGCUCUAACGGAGGUUGAAGCCUUUGCUUUAGUAGCUGAAGACUUGAAAUCUGUUGCCUCCCAGUUUCGCCGUCUUCAUCACAAGGAUAUCCAGCACACAUUCAGGUUCUUCUCUGUGCAAUGGAGAACAUGGGCGGCAUGCUUCAUACAAGCAGCUUGGCGGCGUUACUGUAGGAAGAAGCAAGCCAAAUGCCUACGCCAAGCAGAAGGCAGACUGCAAGACACUUUGGCAAAUGAAGCCGUAACAACAACUAGCUUUGGUGCUACAAUGUAUGCAUCGCAAUUUGCUGCCAAUGCAUUAAGAAAUCUUAGGCAAAAUGGGGGACACACUUCUAGAUUGCCACAGAGAUUAGCAUUGAUGCCUGAGAAGCCAGCUGAGCCUGAUUUUUCUGCCCCCAAUCUCUAGAUACUUGAGAACUACUCUUAACUGAGUUUAUCCUAUCGAUUUUUUUCAUGUAUUGCAAGCUUAACGCAGAUGUACAUUAGGCGUGAUAAUAUCAUGAUUGUAAGCUUCAAUUCAAUGUAUCUUCCACUAGCUUGAUUACAUAGUUUGUUGGGAUUUUCUGGAUGAGCAAACUGUUCAUAAAUAAAACAAUUUGUUAAGACA